AUGCACUCUCGCCAACCCCAAGUCUUUGUCGACGGGCCACCUUCGCGGCUCGCUUUUGGCAUCGACUGUCGCUGCUCAAGACCUGGGCAGUGGGGUGGCGAGCUCAUCCAGAGCAAAGUCACUUCGAACGUAAGACCCAUUUUACAGCAGUCUCAAACUUGUGCUCCGGCUCAAAUUUGUACUGCGGCGGCGCUCGGCUGGCAAUCACCACACAAGAACUGGGCCGUGUUGUGGCGAGCUUGCAAAAGCAAAGUCACCUCGAACGUAAGACCUGGUGGAGGUGGCGGUUAUUGCGUUGGCUGGCAAUCACCACACAUGGACUGGGCGGUGUUGCGGCGAGCUUCCAAAAGCAAAGUCGCUUCGAACGUAAGACCCGGCGGUGGAGGUGGUUACGGCGGAGGAGGUUGCGGCGGCGGCGUUGGCUGGCAAUCGCCACACAUGGACUGGGCGGUGUUGCGGCGAGCUUUCAAAAGCAAAGGCGCUCCGAACGUAAGACCCGGCGGUGGCGGUGGCGGCUACGGCGGAGGAGGUGGGGGAGGCCGCGGUGGCGGCAACAGGCGGCCGUUGGCGAGCUUCCAACAGCAAAGUCAACGAGGACGUAAGACCUGUCGCUAUUGGGACUAA